AUGCUCCCCCAACACAGCAAUUCAUUGCUCCCCCAACACUGCAGCCCAGCGGCCGACGAACACUGCAGCCCAACACACCCCCGACACUGCAUAACCACACAGCAAUUCAAUGCUCCCUCAACACUGCAGCCAAACUCUUCCCCAACACUGCAGCCCAACGCUCCACCAACACUGCAGCCAAACUCUUCCCCAACAUUGCAGCCCAACGCUCCACCAACACUGCAGCCCACCGCUCCACCAACACUGCAGCCCAACGCUCCACCAACACUGCAGCCAAACUCUUCCCCAACACUGCAGCCCAACGUUCCACCAACACUGCAGCCCAAAGCUCCACCAACACUGCAGCCCAACUCUUCCCAAACACUGCAGCCCAACGCUCCCCCAACACUGCAGCCCAGCGGCCGACGAACACUGCAGCCCAACACACCCCCGACACUGCAUAACCACACAGCAAUUCAAUGCUCCCUCAACACUGCAGCCAAACUCUUCCCCAACAUUGCAGCCCAACGCUCCACCAACACUGCAGCCAAACUCUUCCCCAACAUUGCAGCCCAACGCUCCACCAACACUGCAGCCCACCGCUCCACCAACACUGCAGCCCAACGCUCCACCAACCCUGCAGCCAAACUCUUCCCCAACACUGCAGCCCAACGCUCCACCAACACUGCAGCCAAACUCUUCCCCAACAUUGCAGCCCAACGCUCCACCAACACUGCAGCCCACCGCUCCACCAACACUGCAGCCCAACUCUCCACCAACACUGCAGCCAAACUCUUCCCCAACACUGCAGCCCAACGUUCCACCAACACUGCAGCCCAAAGCUCCACCAACACUGCAGCCCAACUCUUCCCAAACACUGCAGCCCAACGCUCCACCAAAACUGCAGCCCACCGCUCCACCAACACUGCAGCCCAACGCUCCACCAACACUGCAGCCAAACUCUUCCCCAACACUGCAGCCCAACUCUCCACCAACACUGCAGCCAAACUCUUCCCCAACACUGCAGCCCAACCCUCCCCCAACACUGCAGACCAACACUGGACCAAGACUGCAGCCCAACACAGCAAUUCAACUCUCCCCCAAAACGGCAGCCCAACGCUCCCCAAACACUGA